GCGUAUGUUUCAGACGUGAGACGACCAUGCUUGACCUAUGUUCAACUGGCCCGUUGGAAUGAACACUGCGUGUGGCAGUCCACCACCGGCAAAAAUAUACAUGCCGUGGCCAGAGUAAGCACGUGCCACAAUUGAACGUAGCCACCAACGCGUUCUUUUGGACAAAGUCACUGCAGGUUCACCUUCAUCCGCUCAUACCACCAUCAUCCACACCGAAUCAACAUGAGCUGUGAACGAAACGACCAGCGAAAGAGACGGGAGCACAUGAAACAAGUAAGGCAUGCAAGGUUCAGGAAAGAGAGGGACGAAGAGACAGCCAAGAUGGCUGCAACGAUGGCAUACUUCAGCUCUCGCAAGACGAAAAGCUUGGGUCAACUUAAGGAGCGUAAUAAGGACCAUCAGAAGAAGGCUGGGACCACCACCUCCGUUGGUCAAAGCUCAACGGCAGAACACUCUAACAUCGAGCACAUGUUGUCGAACAUGACCAUGCUGUCGGUCCCAAAGACAGGCAACGCCACAGCCCUGGUCAGGGAGUGGGGAUAUGGCCGACGGCCCGACUAUGUGAUCCCAGGGAGGCCUCUUUGGGAAGACCUAGAGAAAGCCGGCAUCUCCAUCGACGCAGAGUCAAUGGAUACGUUUGCACUUGGAGCGAAAAGAUAUCACUAUACGAGCACGUCACUGACCCCGUACCUACUGCAUCACGCCAUGAAUGAGACCACCGGACAGUACAAUCUCUGGGCUGCCUGCGAGUAUGCGAUGACAGAAAAGUACGUCUGCCACUAGACUACUCGCCAACUUGUCUGACUUGCGUUGAAGUCCAAAGGAUACGCCUGUGGAGGAGCUCUUCCACAAAG